AUGAACGCCAUCGAGCGCGAGAGCAGGUGUGAACGCGAACUUCUUGAAGCUAUCGAACUUCUUAAUAUUAAGGGUGAAGAUAAUAAUAAUGAAAUAGAGGCCUCCUUACCUACCGUCCAACCUUUCCUAGACAAAGACAGCGUCCUCGAACACAUAUUGAAUCUAACCAACCAUGCAACAGAGCCCACAGGUACAAUGCGCGCCCUAGUGGUCUUCGGGGUAAUGUCGGUGGCAGGAUUUGGCUCUCCUGUCCUUCUGAUGGGCACUCACAGGCACGUGGCACUCCCAAGUACCUCCGUGGCUUUUCAGCGAAUUGGGGCAACGUCAGAAGGAAAAUGUACAGAUCACUGUGCCCGCGAACCAGUUUGUACGGCCUACACAGUGCAGAAGGAAGGAGAUGAGUUCAACUGUUACUUCGCAACAACGGAAAUAGAUGAUGCCCUUCUUCUGCCUGACACGUCUGCCUUCACUCACUACAAAAUGGGAAAACCAGCUUUGGCUGCAACAGCAACAACAACUUCAAAUACAACCGGAAACCCAACGUCGACUGUAACAGCAACAACAACUUCAAAUACAACCGGAAACCAAACGUCGACUGUAACAACAACAGCAACAACAACAACAACUUCAACAACAACAACAACUUCAACAACAACAACAACUUCAACAACACCAACCACCUCAGCUAUAGUCUCAAGAUUGUUUGUCACCAACCAUACCACAAGAGGUGAUUAUGAAUUGCAAAAUCAAACGUGUCAUAGUGAAAACGGAGAGCCAGCCAUACUGAGGACACAGGCAAUGGUAGAUCAGCUGCUGCAACUGUAUGGUAAUCGAAUAGAUAUGUGGGGCAUUUGGGUAACACUUAGGAGAUCUACCAACGGACCCGUCUGGCCCGACAGUACACUGCUAUCGGAUACAGAUGUCACCCACAAGCUGGGUUCUCGAUCGGUUUCCAGUGGAGACUGUUUUCGCAUCGCCAAUAAUGACUUCUACUCAAAAUCGUGUGACGGAGAACGACCAGUUGUUUGCAUAAGGCUGUCUUGAAUCGCUUUGUCAGCCCCGUCACCUACAUAUGAAAACUGGUAUUUGCGUUCAUUCCCAAGUAUUUUGCUGUUGGUCAGGAGGAAGGUGACGGACCUAGGAUGAACGAGAGUGACAGUAAGAAAGAUAGGAUUUGGAAAAUAUAAAAGAAAUAUGGAGAAAAAGAUUCGGAAAGACAGCUGAUUCGGAAACAUCCAUGGAAACGGAGAAAGUUUCCAGGAAGGGAUUUAUAAAGGGGUCAAGGGGGAAAAUCGGGAUAGGAAAGGGACUUCAGUUUGAAUUAAAAAAUGAGGCAGAAAGUGUUUCGUAAAGAGCAAAUGAAAGAAAGGAUAACUAUUUAAGAUUUUGUAGUUGAUUGCGUCCAUACAUGAAUGAUCACUGGUUUAAUUUAAACCAUUGUGUUAAGGACUGCCUGCGUAAUUGGCUUUAGUAAAUGGAACUAAGGCACUCAAUGCCAUUUUCAUUUCUCCUGUUGGGUGGAAAAUUAGACCAUUAUCUUCUUAUUGUGUAACUGAGACAUUUGAUGAUGGCCGAGGCCAUAAAAGUAUUGUUUUAAUCAUAUCCAGAGUUAUGUUAGGAAUUGGUGGAAGAAAUAUAACAAUUGUUGAAUUAUAUUCUUUUCAAUAUUGAUAACUGUAAUAAUAAUAGUAAAUACAACGACAAAGAACAACAAAAUCAGAGGUCCAAACAGUUUUGCAUUUGCUUAUCUUUCACUUAAAUUUGAAUCUGUAUUUAGUGUAACCCUUUAGUGAAUAUUUAUUAGUAUACAUAUUCCCAAAGGUGUGAUGCGGGUGAUAUUUAUUUAAAAUAGAAUGCAUGAAUAUUUGUAGAUGUCUAGGAUCCCUGUAUCUGACAGUAUCUUCUGGUAGAUUAGUAUCUAUGGAUAUGCGUUGAGAUCAAAGUAGUAUCAACAAUUUAUGAGUGUUUUCGCACCAAGUAAGAUAUUUACACCGUUUGUACACACUUCACAAAAGUCUAUUUUUCCCCUAAGAAAAUAUCAGUUCAUAGGUCCUAUACUAUCGGUGUGCGAUCUGAUACCUUGAUAAUCCAUAUGUAUAGAAUUAUUACUUGGAAUUCAUGAAACUAAAUUCAGUGAAACAAAAAAUAUAAGAAAAAGCGAACCUUUAACACAGAGUGAGUUUCACUGUCUGGAUAAUAGAUCGGUAUUACUUAUUCAUUAACCUGUAACUAACAAAUAAUGGUUGAUAAUCACAGCAAGCGCUUUCACUUUUUGGAUUAAAUUCAGUAAAGUAUCUGA